GUGUUGGGAAAGUGGGUGUCGCUGUGCACGCUGCUGGAGGAGCUUCAGAGCGGUGUGUCGAGGACUUUAAACACACUGUGUCAUACAGUGGUGGAAGGAAGGAGACCGCGCCGUACUGGAUCGUAUACCGCAACACUUCUGAUGCAAUGAGUCCGACAGUUUCCAUCCUUAUCCAACGUGUCUGACGCUUCACUUUCCGCGCGCGAUGCUCUGACUGCCGUGUGUUUAUAUAUGGAGACACCCUAAAAAACAGUCAACCGGGAAAUGGUAACACAUGAACCUCCUCACUGGAAGGAACAUGGUUGAGAGGAGCAGUAAAUUUCUGUUCAUCGUUGUCGGCUCGGUUCUGUUCAUGCUGAUUUUGUAUCAGUACGUGGCCCCGGGGAUGAUGAACUUCGGCUCUCCGCACGGGUACAUGCUGGAAGACGAUGCGGAUCUCUUCCCGACUCCUGAUCCACAUUACGUGAAGAAAUACUAUUUCCCCAUCAGGGACCUGGAGCGGACUGUGGAUUUUGAAAUCAAAGGGGAUGAUGUGAUCGUGUUCCUCCACAUCCAGAAGACCGGCGGCACCACGUUCGGGAGGCACCUGGUCCAGAAUGUCAGACUGGAGGUUCCGUGCGACUGCAGACCGGGACAGAAGAAGUGUACCUGUUACCGACCCAAUAGGAAAGAGACCUGGCUCUUCUCUCGGUUCUCCACCGGUUGGAGUUGUGGCUUACACGCGGACUGGACCGAGCUGACCAACUGCGUGCCGGGUGUUUUGAACAAAAAGGAGAACAGGAUGAAAAACCAAAGGAAGUUCUACUACAUUACCCUGUUACGGGACCCUGUGUCUCGGUACCUAAGUGAGUGGAGACACGUCCAGCGUGGGGCCACGUGGAAAACCUCCCUGCACAUGUGCGACGGAAGAACGCCGACGCCUGAGGAGCUGCCCCCAUGCUACGAGGGCACCGACUGGUCGGGCUGCACGUUACAACAGUUCAUGGACUGUCCGUACAACCUGGCAAAUAACCGACAGGUGCGCAUGCUGGCCGACCUCAGCCUGGUGGGCUGCUACAACAUGUCCUUCAUCCCAGAGAAGAAGCGCGCGCAGGUGCUGCUCGAGUCGGCCAAGAAGAACCUACGAGACAUGGCGUUCUUCGGCUUGACCGAGUUCCAGCGCAAAACGCAGUACUUGUUCGAACGGACCUUCCGCCUCAAGUUCAUCCGACCCUUCAUGCAGUACAACAGCACGCGGGCCGCCGGCGUGGACCUGGACAACGACACGGUGCAGCGGAUCGAGGAGCUCAACGACCUGGACAUGCAGCUGUACGACUACGCCAGGGAUCUUUUUCAACAGCGCUACAUGUACAAGCGGCAAAUCGAGCGAAGAGAGCAGCGCCUAAAGAACCAGCCCGCCCUCUUCCCCUUUCGUCGGGGGCCCAGCUCCGAUCCUGCUUUCAGGGAUGACAUGCCGGAGUCCGAGGCGUCCAGAUUACCCACAGAGGACUACAUGAAUCACAUCAUCAAUCGCUGGUAGCAGUGCUGGGGGGAGGGGGACAGAAAAUACAGGUUGACGAGGAGGAAAAGGCUGCGAUCCCCAGGUCAAAUCAAGCGGGAGAGGAGCAUGGCGAACGAGAAAGAGACAGAACUUUAGCGCCACCAUCAAAUACGGCCCUCCCCCCCUUCUGUUGCGCUCCGGAUAUCCUGCGGUCAUCUCGGAAAGGAAUGACUCCAAAUGCAGGACGCUCUUCGCCGAUAUUGCGAAGAAUUUGCUUGUCAGGUCAGAAAUGACUGACUAACUUAAAGCACUGAGCCUGAACUUAAAACUAAGAGGUGAAGACUUCUACAG